AAUCUCAGUCCUCGUGCGAUCAUUGGAAUGGAAGCUUCUUUAUAGAUUAGUGCAACUCGCGGCCCGGUUUGUGCGGUAGAAAAUUAUUCGGUUGAGAUCUUUUUUUUCGCAUUUCCUAAUUUGGAAUAAAAGUUAGAUUCCACUCGCGCUCGAGCUAAUAAAGUCUUAUUCUAGUGCUAGUGGCGAGGCACGCGAUUUUUAGAAGUGCUUUUUUCGUUCCCUGCUGAAAGAAUAUUAUUUCAUUUCGUGAUUAAGACAGUAUCGCUGAGGGUGCUAAAUCGUUGGAAAAAGUAAUAAAUUGUAAAUCUGACAAAAGGAAACUGCGCUCACGUUUUUUCUUUGCGCUCGCGUUUGAGGAAGAAAGUCCGACCAAGUGGAAUACAUCUUGGUUCCGUACAUUUAACAACAGUUCCGGACGGCAGCGUGUGAAGGGAAGUGAAACGAAACAAUGGUAUCGGAGACGACGAAGACGACCGAAGGCAGCUCGGCAGCAGGACAGUCUUCCGGUUCCGUGGCAACCGGCGGGGCAAACGACGUCGUCGUCGGCAGCAAGGAAGUCCCCGGAGGAAUUUGUCCAGUGUGCAAUCAACCGGCUAAGAAGCGCUGCUCCGGGUGCAGUUCUGCGUACUAUUGCAGCGUCGACCAUCAAAGGCAGGACUGGAAGCAUCAUAAAAAUGUUUGCCAUCCAUUCAAAAUAUGCAGUGAUGAACGCUAUGGCCGGUAUCUGGUGGCCACAAAGGACAUCAAGGCCGGGGAGGUCGUCCUGAAGGAAUCGCCACUGGUACAAGGACCGGCUCAGAUAACGGGACCCGUCUGUGUGGGCUGCCUCGAGGGCCUGAAGGAAAACCAAUUUCUGGAGUGCGAAAGGUGCGGUUGGCCUGUUUGCAAACGGGAAUGCCAGAACAAUCCGAGUCAUCUGCCGGAGUGCAAAUUCACCAUCGCUCGCGGUAGCAAGAUGUCGCUGCAGCAUUUCUACGUUCCACAUCCGGGUUAUCAGUGCGUGACCGCCUUGCGGUGCCUGCUGAUGGCUCAGUACGAACCGACCAAAUGGCAAGCGCUAAGUAAACUUGAGUCCCAUGAUGAACAGCGCCGUGGAACGGAACAGUGGCGUAACGAUCGAACUUUUGUGGCCAGUUUUAUCCCUAGAUUCUUCAAGUGCGAAAACAAAUGGACUGAAGAUGAAAUAUUGAAGGUGGUUGGUAUACUGCAAGUGAAUGGCCAUGAGAUUCCUCUAACGGAACCGCCAUCGGUGGCUGUCUACAAUAAUGCCUCGAUGAUUGAACACUCCUGCCGGCCGAAUCUGUCCAAGAGUUUCACCAGCAAAAAAGAGAUUGUCUUCUGGGCUCCGAGUGCCAUCAAAAAGGGUGAACGGCUGAGCAUCUGCUACACGGACGUCCUUUGGGGCACGCCCAGUCGAAUGGAACACCUGCAGCAGACCAAGCUGUUCCGAUGCUCCUGUGCCCGGUGUUUGGAUCCGACGGAAUUUGGCACCUACUUCAGCGCCCUGAAGUGUUCCGGGUUCAAGAAGGACUCGGACUGCAACGGGCUGUUGCUUCCGGAAAAUGCCAGCAACUGGUUCGGUAGUUGGAUAUGCAACAAAUGCCGUAGUUUGGUGGAUGUGAAGGAAAUUUCCAAUAUAAUGGACAGGGCCCGAGUGGAUCAGAAAGCGAUGCAAAAAUCGAACGAGGAACACUGCAGCAAGUAUAUUGCCCACUACUCAAGGUGGCUCGCACCGAAUCACCACUUCAUCGUGGACGUAAAGUUGUCCUUUUCGCAAAUUAUCGGCGGCGGUCCACCACCGGAAGCGAUCCAGAAAAUUUCCGACGAGAAGCUAAUGACCAAAAUUAAAUAUUGCCAGGAUUUGAUUGGUCUGUUCGAGAAAAUAUGCCCAGCUGAAGCCCGAGUUAUUGGUGCCACCAGAUUUGAGCUGCAUGCUGCCUUGGCCGAGUUUGGCCGUCGAGGAGUGGAAUCUAAGAAUCCAGCCGUUCGCAGUGCCAUGGAGGACUCGCUGUUCAAUGCCAAAGAGUGUGUCCGGAUGUUGUCCCAUGAGCCGAGUGAACUUCCGGAAAGUAAGAUCUGUGAACAGGCCCGUAUCAAUGUGGAUUCGAUAAAUGUUCUGUUGGGUUUGAAGGAGGGUUAGGUCAUAGCUGUGUGGAAUAUUUUUGAUAAUUUUGUUUUUCCCAAAAGACAUAUUUGUGUCGAUAGUUGUAGCUGAUAGUUAAGAGCAACAUUUGUAUGCUAUGCAAUGUACGAACUGCUUUUGUAAAAGUUAUCACCUGAAACGAUUUUCAAAUAAAAUACUCAUAAAAUGUUUGCUGAAAA